GUGAUAGUAAUACUAUGCUGAAUAAUAAUUAACCAAAGCUGAACUUUGCGAAUUUUACGUACAUCACUUGACGGUUUGAUGUACGCUGAAUCCGCCAUUUAAAUAAAGGCAUAAAAAAUGCGUUGGCGCUCGACGACUUCACCUGUGACACACGCAACAGCUGCAUGGUUAUUGGUCAGUUCGGCUAUAAAAAAAACGCAAAAAUGUCCUGAGGUUAAUUGUGUUUCAAAAGCCACAGGCCAUGGCGCCUAUUUUACGUCCAGUAUACUAUUGCCUCACUGACCAAUCAACAGCUGUCGCGAGUGUCACGGAUGUAGUCGUCGCGUGUCAUUAAAUACGUCAAUGCAUUUUAUGAAAUCUUUUCAUUCAUUAAUAUACAAAGUAAAUAGCCUAAGACAUCACAACGGACCUCUCAUUCUCUCAAUUGGCUAAGCAUUGUGGUCAAAUUUUCAGUUGUCUCUGGACUCACUGUCACAGCUUUCAUCGUAUUUUGAAACAGACCGAAAAACAAGAAGUAAUCUUGCAGCACAUGAAUAAUGAAUAUUCUCGAUGCGGCCGCAGGCUAUGCCAAAAGACACCAUAUUUUUAAAAGGAGUUCUAACCAAGACGAAGAAGCGCUCAAGAUGUUACAAACCUACUUGCCGAUUCGAAUCGAAAAAUUGAUUAAUUCAAGCGUUGAGAAGCAAUGCGAAUUGAAGAUUCUGAGUGUUGGAGGUGGAACAGGAGAGAUAGAUUUGAAAUUUGUGGAAAUUCUACUCGAGGAAUUGAAGAAACACAGCUCAUAUGAUCAAAACAUGAAGAUAUAUCUGCGAGUGGUUGAACCGAAUUCAUCUUCGUGCAAACAAUUCAGCGACGCCGUAGAAGCGCGCCGCAGAGAUUUGCCAAUCCACGUCGACAUUCGAGCCCAAACUUUUGAAGAAUAUAUUCAAAAUGAGCAGAACGCAAGCACGGCAUUUGACAUAAUACACUUUAUUCACAGCGUUUACUUCUUUGAAGAGGAAAAAGUGAUUUCGUACUGUUUGAAACAGAAAUUGAAAGAUCGGGGUUGUCUCUUUUUUCUGUUUUCUGAUGAGGGAUUACUAAAGCAAGUAUCGCUUGAAAUUGCAGAAAGACGACCUAAUAACGAGUUGAUAAACCUCGUUGAGAAAAACGGCCCCAAAUUGAUUGAAAGCGUUGAGAAACGUGGCUGGAAGUAUGAAGUACACUCACAUCAAUACCCUAUUGAUGUGUCUGAAAUCUUGGUCGGAUCAGAGAGUGGUGACCUGCUUCUUGACUUCAUAACCCAUGAAGUCGACUUUCGUAAGAACGCCGACGCAAGUUUGGUUGAUAGAGUUCUGGCAGUGAUCAAAAACACGAGCUUCACGAAGGAUGGAAAAUAUCUUUGCAUGAAAACUGACACUCUGUUGGUCGUGCACAAAUAGAAUAUCGGAAUGAUGAUUUGCAAUAUAAAGGAAAUAUGACGAACUUGCAUGUUAUUAUAUUGUUUAACCUAUAUUUUGAAUUUUAACUGAGAUGUUAACGUUUAGAUUAUGUUGUCCACGUUGUAUGUUCUGCAAAGUGAAGAAUCAGAGGUAUGGGAGCCCACGGGCUGCUGCCAUUGG